AUGGUUCUACUCAGCAAGUCAGCAUCGACUAUAGCAGUCUGCCUCCUGGCUGCCCUCGCCGUGGCUCAACCGGGUGGACCGCCGCGUCCUCCUGGUCGCGGGCCUCCAGGACCGCCACCUCCGGGACCGCCAGCUCGGGGACCGCCAGCUCGGGGACCCCCGCCUCCAGGGCCACCCGGCCGGGGGAGUCCUGCCCCGGCUCCCAACCCGGUAUCGCAGACCCCUGCAUCACAACGCUCGUCUUCACGGCUAUCUUCGCCCACCGCUCAAGUUUCGCUGCAACCUGUAUCCACAAGUGCACCGCAAAGGCCUGCUACAACCACCUCGUCCUUGAGCUCCUCCGUCGCAGCUGUGUCGUCGUCGUCGUCGUCGUCGUCGAUAUCCAGCAGGCAGGCACAGACGUCCCCAUCGCCAUCCGGGCCGUAUGCGAUCACGGGUCUGAAGACGGGCAUAGACAGCACGUCGGGCCAGCGCCCGCUUCGCCAGAACAUCAAUGAUCUUCAGGCGUCAGGCGCACAAUGGGAUUUAUACAUUUUAGGCCUUGCUGCAAUGCAAAGAGAUGUGUCCGAGGACGACAAGCUGUCGUACUUCCAGAUUAGCGGUAUUCACGGGCGACCCUUUAUCCCUUGGAACGGCGUCCAGGCGGUACCGAGCGGUUCCGGCGGCGGGUACUGCCCUCACGGUAACGUUCAGUUUCCGAUGUGGCAUCGACCCUACGUUGCGCUAUUCGAGCAAGUCCUCGGCGGCCACAUCCAGGCCAUCGCCGCCAACUACACCGGCAGUCGGGCGCAAGAGUACAAGACGGCAGCCGAUAACUGGAGAGCUCCCUACUGGGACUGGGCGGCCGACGGUGGUGCCCAGCUUCCUCCGGUUACGACACGGGCAACCAUCACUGUCAACGGGCCCGGCGGUCAGGUCCAGCUGCCUAAUCCGUUGUUAGGAUACAAAUGGCAGAGGUUCCCCUUGAACACGGCCUCGAACUACUUCCCAAGGAGCGGCGAUCGAAACUGCUGGGCUUGGCCCCAGACGACACGGUGGCCGGACGCGAAUGGGAACAACAGGCCUAGCUUGGCCAACCAAGAGCUAAGUCAGGAUGACUUGAAGUCAAUCACGUAUAAUGUCUUUACCACCGCCACGGACUUUGAGACCAUGGCCAGCACGGGGAGCACUGGCAACAGCUUCGAGGCCGUGCACAACUCCGUGCAUGCGGCCAUCUACGCGGUCAUGGCUUACAUAGAGUAUGCUGCCUUUGACCCGCUCUUCAUGUUACACCACGCCAACGUCGACCGCCUCAUCGCCAUGUGGCAGGCUAUACACUACAACGACAGGAUGCAAACCAAGACCCUACCAUCCAGCGCUCUCUUUGCCACAGCAGCCAACACGCCAAUAACCGCAGACAGUCCGCUCAAGCCCUUUUAUCGGGACACGUCCGGCAACUUCCACACAGGCAGAACGGCCUCGGACAUCAAGACAUUUGGGUAUUCGUAUCCCGAGAUCACUGACUGGAAUCAAACCCCGGACGCCCUGGCUCGGCAGGUGACGGUGUCUGUCAACCGGCUGUACAGCCCAGGUGGCACCAGCGCAAAGCUCAAGGCUCGCCACAACAGUCGUCGUUCCGGCUACGCUGCGCACAAGGAGUACACGGCCUUGGUCGACCUGGAGCGCAGCGAGCUUCCGCUGCCUUGCAGUGUCUCCGUCUACGUGAACGGCGAGUUCGCCGGUAAGAUAAGCGUCAUGAGCAUGCCGGCAUCGGGAAUAAUGCAUAGCACUGUUCCGCUUAACAAAGCACUGGAGAAGCUGGGUAAAAGCAUGGAUGUUCCAGAAUCCCAAGUCAACAACGGCAGUCCGGCAACAAACGGUACAGCUGCCCAGCAGCCAGCGGUUUCCUCGGAAGAUGAAGAGAUAAUUCUUCAGAAGCAGUUGUCUGUGGAGAUCAAGAGCAUCGAUGGGACAAUUUUCCCCGUUUCUUCAGCUCCCUCACUCAAGAUAAAAGUCGAGCUACAGCAUGUUGUGACGCCCGAGUCUGAGGACAGUUUACCAACCAUCACCCCUAUCACUACAGGUCCUCUGGCCAAGCCUGUAGAGCAUAGUACAUCAUAUUAA